AAGUAACAAAUGACAUAUGGCACCACAGUGGACACUAUUAUGUUAAUUUUUGACAUACACAAAUAAUUUAUUGAAAUAAAUAAACUGACAGUUAACGCUAUAUAAUAAUUUAAAGAAUUUAUAUCUAAUAACCUCAAAGAAAAAGAUUAAUCAUAAUUUUCGUGACUUGGAUCAAUCAGUGUACUAAAGUGUAAAUGAAACUUAUUCAGGGAAUCUUAGAUUUACUUGAUCAGUCAGAAGGCGAAUCGUGCGUUUCGACGAGAAGCGCACGUGCGUUUCCAAAACCGUAUCCUUGCUACCAGUGCAACAGGUCUUAUACCAACAAGAGUACACUGAACCGUCAUCUACGAGAAGAAUGCGGAACCCUGCCUACGAGGGAGGAACAAGAAAAGUGUGAAAAUGACAUUUUCGGAAUUGGACUUUUCUGCAAUGAUUUUGAAAAUUUCUACACCUGGGACACCACGAAUCAGACGCGCAUACAGGAGGCACAUGUUGAACAACAGUCUCCAAAACACGUCAAGAGGGAUCGCAAUAGAGUGAACUACGAGGCGCCUUUCAGCUGCUACAAAUGCGGGAAAAAGUACACGUGGACGGACUCGUUGACGCGUCACUUGCGGGAAGGCUGCGGAAUUCUGCCAAAGCAUCGAUGCCGAUUAUGCGGGCGAAAAUUUAAGCGAAAGGAUUAUCUUCAACGUCAUGAAGUCACCGUCCACAAAUUUGAACUUUCAAUGAUGUAAUCUCUCAACGUUCCCCCUAUCCCCCACACCCUUUAUCCAUUAUCGAUCGACCCCCUUAUUGUACUUGUACAAAACUAUUUUGCUGGAUAUAUUUCGCAGUUUACACAAAUUAAUGAGGAAACGAAACGUAGGUUCAAAAAUUUUUUGAAAAACGAAAAAUAUUUAAAAAUCUGUCCGCCGUUUCGAGCGAUGACACUGCCGACACCUCGUGAUGUAAUUACGAGGAAUUCUAAUUACUUAACAGAUUCGUAGGGACGUCUCUGAAAAUGGAUUAGAACAAAAAAAAACGGUUUCUUUUUUUUUAUAAAUAUUUAACGUCAGACAGAUUGUUUUAUCAAAGACUAUUUAUUUUUACGAUUUUUUUUUCUUUGCAUUAUCCGUACGCCUCUUAACGCGUACUACGUUGUUUAUGCAGCUAUGUGAUAUAUCAGCUUUUUACUAUUGUGUCUCUGUAAGAGAAAAAUUACAUGAAUGCUUUGAGCAAUGAAAAUAAUGGGACUAUUAUUUGCACAAUUUAUUGUACAACGGAUCGAACGGCUAAAUGGAUCAGCUACGAUUUAUUCGAUCCUCAAUAAAAUAAUAAUUGAUCCCUUCUCCAGUCAUUUUUCUAAUCUAUAAAAUGAUCGUACCCUGUUACAAGUCCUAGAAAAAAAUUGUUUCCGAUUUUCAUGUAAAAUCAGAAAACACUAUUGCAUUGACACAAAUCAAUGGGUCGAAAGAAACCUGCAAAAAAAAAAAUAGUAUCAAUUUCGAAAACGCAUUUCCAGAUUUAUGUAUUUUAUACAUUUAUUUCUUUCUAUUACGUUCCAAGGUCUUUUAUCAGGAUUAACCAAGAGCAUGCGUUUCUUUCGUUAAAUAAAUCAUCCUAAUAACCAUCUGACAAUAAUUUAAUUAUUAUUAAAGAAUCCAAUAGAUAACAAAGGGCCAACCUUUCGUUAUCUUUUUAAUAUUAUUUUAUAAGAAAACCUCAGCUCGCAAUAUAUGAGUCAUCGCUUCGUCAUCGUAAUCCCAUUAUCCUAACACGAUUAAUUGUCGAUGAAAAUUAUUUAACGCAAUAAUAAUAAAAAUUGCGAAUACCAGCAUUCAUAUUUUACACAGAAUACUCGAACGCUAUGAUUCUCCUUGUUAACCGUUUUUCGCAAUCCUUGUAGUUGUGUCUGGCAAAAUGAAAAAAAAAAAUUUCUAGUCUUAACAUGGUAUGUCAAAAAACUGUCGCCUAAUAAUUUGCAAAAUUUGUUACAAGAAUUUUUAAAAGAUCCCUUAUAUCUUU